UGACAUUUAAACUAUACGCGGGUCAGCGCUUAUAUAUUGGAGCGGGGCCACUACUCCGGGAGUCGGCGUGAUUGCCUAAUCUUACUACUCUUCGUGGCCGUGCUCUGUGUUGAAGACAGUGUUUGGUUGGUGUUAUAGAGACAUGUUGGUCGGCGCCGUUGUUCCGAAGGUCCAAAGCAACUUGCUGCCGCGGCUGGUGCAGUCUAUAGACCGGGCCGUGGUGGCGGUUACGGCGGAGAACGUGGCCCUGGUGGCCGUUGAACCGGUGCGACAGUACACAGAUAAGGGUGUUGUUGCAGUGAAGACGCCGUUCAAAGUGCAGCUAGGAGAGGGGAAACUGUACGCCUGGUGUAGCUGUGGACUCAGCAAAAAACAGCCGUUCUGUGACGGUGCUCACAAGGCGGUGGGGAUGACGCCGGUCCGGUUUAAGAUGGAGGAGACCCGAGAGGUGUGGUUAUGCGGAUGUAAACAGACCAACGACCGGCCGUUCUGUGACGGGACCCACAGAACAGACGCCGUACAGAACACAGAACUCGGACAGAACGUCGCUGCUUAGGAACCAUAUCAUUCUGAUCUCCAAGCAGAUGUUAGAAGAUCGUGAACUUUUCUAACAGUCUCAUCUUUAUGACUAUCAGCCCUCUUGAUAACUACUGUAAGAAAAUGGGUCUUUCAGAGACUUACGUACCUACCAACAUCUGUUUGGAGAUUCAGCAUUCUAUAACAAUCAGGGUGUAAAAGUUGUGAAAAUCAUGAGAACCGAUGUAUAGAAAGACGCAUAUCUAAAGGCGUUAGUUCUACAAACGUAAGUCAGGAAGGCAGGAAAGUAAAAAAAGAUAAUUUGAAUAAAUGAAGGAAUGGAUUUAUAAACGAAUAGUUAAAUAGAUGGAUGAAUGUACGUUUUGUUGACAUCAUUCAUUGACAUUGCAGUAAAAAUAUCUACAAACGUAA